UAAAUCAUUACUUGAUCAUGUGAAUCAACACCUGAAGUUUGAGAUGAAGGGGCAUGUGGAAAACAAAUCAAAAUGUGCAGAACACUGUUCUACAUACAGCCUUAGUGAUCCAACAUCAAAAUGUUUCAGCGACAAAUGUGAGCAUGACCAUGAUCAAUCCUGUGAUGACUGCUCAACAACAGGGGUACUGGAUACAGUUAUGUUGGAUGCAGUAUCAUCUGUCAGAAACGCGAUUCCUGCUGACAUCCAAGAGGAGAUAACCCAUGACUUGCAGAUAUCCACUUUAAACUUAUCAACUUGGAAAGCUCAUUGUAUUAGAACAGUACACCAAGAACAAGCACGUAGAGAUGUACUAUUACAAUUAAAAUCUCAUCAAUGUUUAAUUGUAAUGGACUGGGCAAUGAAGUUCCUACCUAUCAAACACAGAGAAACACAAGCUGAUUUCUAUGGGAAAAAAGGCAUUGGUUGGCACAUUUCUUCUGUAAUAACAACUUCACAGAUUUUAGGUGAAUCACCUGCAACUCAUACAGACAAAUUUGAUGUUCAAACCUUUGUCCAUAUUCUGCAGUUAGGAACUCAGGGUUGGUUCUCAGUUGCCCAUAUACUAACAGACUUGUUAAACCAACUGUCAGUCAGGACUCCAGUGAAAGAGGUCUUCUUGAAGAGUGACAAUGCAGGAUGUUAUCACUGCGCACCACUGCUUUCUUUUAUUCAGCAUCUGAACUCAUGUUCAUCCAUCAAGGUUCUCCAAUACAACUUCAGUGAGGCACAAAGUGGGAAAGACAUCUGUGAUGCCAAGACUGCUCAUUGCAAAAUGCAUAUGAUCAGGUACUCUGGAGAAGGACAUGAUAUAGUUACACCACAAGACAUGAGAGCAGCACUUCAUGCAAAUGGUGGGGUUAAAGGUGUAUUGGCAUCAGUGGUAUCUGUGGACAAUCAACACGAGAGAAAAAUGUUGUCCAAAAUUCCCAACAUCAGUCAAAUGAAUAACAUCACAUUUCACGAAAAUGGAGUGACAUGCAGACGGGCCUAUAAGAUUGGUACUGGAAGCUUUUUGCCACCCAAUCAGUUUAAAGAUAGUGCAACAUUGACUGGAUUUACGGUUGAAGAGCCAUUCCCAAUCUUGCUUAACAACAAAGGUUCCUUGAAAAUCCUCUCUGUAAGACCUGAAGAGCAAACUAUUGAAGAAGUACCAAGGAAUGAUGGCCAUGAAACUGAUCAGUCAAUUUCUGAACCAAAUAACCAGUUGUAUCCAUGUCCUGAUAUGUCUUGCUCAAAAGUGUAUACAAAAUUAUGUUAUCUGGAAAACCAUCUUUGUCUUGGUAAUCAUGUGUACAAUAAUAAAAAAGAAAAUCAGUUUGACUCUAUUAAAAAAGCUUGGGCUUCACAGUGUGUUGCAGUGGAGAGAGAACACAAAGUGCUUGUACGAGCUACAGCACCUUCAACUGUUUCGGUUUCUAACAAUGAAGGCUGGGCAUUGAAAACUUCUAAAUCUGUCAAACGUUUCUCAACAAAAGUCAAAGACUACAUAUCUUCAAUACAUCAGUAUUUUAACACAACAGGCAAACGACCAAAUUUUGAGGAUAUAGCUGAAGAAUUAAAAACUAAAAGGGAUGAUGAUGGGAACAAAGUAUUUAAGCAGGAAGAAUGGCUUUCACCAUCACAAAUAAGAAGUCUGUUUUCAAACUUUGUGAGAAAGAAUGCACAGUCUAUUGAAAUUCAUACUGGUACUCAGAAAGAAACCAAGAAUGAUGAAGAUCUUCAACAAGCCCUAGCUGAAAUAGAUGCAUUGGAGUAUCAUGCUGACAUGGUCAAUGUUGCUUUGGCAUCUGAAAAUGAUUUUUCAUAAACUAUAUAUUGCUGUAUUAUUAUGCAGAUAUUGUUGUUCCCAAUUAUCCAUUUUAAGUUGGUACCCAACACUUUAACUGAAAUCAAUUUGGCUCGUUCAAUUUUGAUAAAAUUUUGACAAAGUACAUGUAUUUACUUUGAUUCUUAAAGUUUGACAAAGAUAUAAAAAAUUCAAAAAAUUUGAACCAACUGUUUAAUCAGAAAAAAUACAUAUAUAGCAGUUUGACAAACACUUAUUUUAAUCAUUGAGAAGCUUAAUAUUACCUAUACAACACAAUGUAAGUAAAACGUUUAACUGAUUUUACAAAGUUAUCUCACUGUAGUGUUAGGUACCACUUUAAUUGUAUAGAAUAACUGGAAAGUAGAAGAUGUAAUUAGCAUAAUUGAUAAUGGGACACCUCUCCUGGUAUGUUAAUUCUCAAAUUGAUAUUGUCACACUUAAAGCUUGAAAUACUUGAGUUUUUGCUAAUUAUUUGGGUUUUGCCCAUUUUCUUUUCCUCUACUGAUGAAAUAUUAAUCAAAUGAUACUUUAAUAAGACAAAUUAAAUUGAUUGAACACCUAUGGGUAUGUUAAAAUUUUUAUGUGAAAUAAAAAGAAAGUAACUAGGGACAAAAACAGCAUAAAAGUAAUGAUGAAAUUUAUAGAAUCAUUUUUUAAGUGUUCAGAACAGUUUAAUAGACUUUAGUAAGUACAUACAAAUGUUCCGUUUGGUUAAUAAAAAAUCAAUCCUCAAACUAAAGCAUGCAAGUAAGUAGUAAGUGUUAGUGGUAUAACAUUGUUCUAUAUAAAACUGUUGUAAAUAUUACCAUGGGAGAUAAUUAGAAUUAUAGAGGACCAGAUUUAUCUCAUUGUUUUCACUAAUCUUUAUUUGAUUACAUGCAAGUUGUUAUUUUAUUGUAUGUCAAACACUAUAUUAUUUAUAUGUUCAGAUGUUGAAAUUAUUGCUACAUUAAGGGACAUACACAGACUUAUAAUAAUGUUUUGGGGUCAGUUAUGUUUUUCAUGUUAAACAAAUUCAUGCUUUCUGUAGAAGAGGGGCGAGUGAUAUCAGAUAGUCAUGUAGUCGUUAAUUAAUGUUAUUUUAUUUUUAUAGAAUACAGCUUUUUGUGCUUUAAAAAAAAACAAGUUGGCUAUAAAUUUAAGCAAGGAAAAACUAACUAUUCAUGAAUUCUUUUCAAAAUAUUUUUAAACAAAGGGGGUUACCUUAUUUUAGAAAAUUGUGUAUUUUUUUGUUUUUAACCUCCUUAUAAUAAAUUAUCUCCCUUUUUGAUAGGACUGUUUUAAAAUGUGUAAAUACAUUACUACAAUAGGUUCAGAAUUUUAUCAUAUCAACCUUUUCAUGUUCUAUUUAUUUAAUUCAGCAAUAUUUGAUAAAGUACUUUCACAGAAAAUAAUUUGUUUUAAAAGGCAAAAAAUGGUGUUAAGCCACCCCCUCCCCUAUCAUUUUAAAGCAACCAAACUUCAUUUUCUAAAUACUGUGUGUUUAUUAUUUCUAUGUAGUCUGCUUUUUAUUAAUUUUUAUGAAGACCAAAUUUUAAUAUCUGGUAGAAUUAUUAUUUUGCAAGAAGUGUGUCAUUUUUUUUUCCUUUGCUCAAAUUUGUUGUCAACCAAUAACACCAUGAUUUUUAAUUGUCCAUACCCACCGAUAUAUUUUAAAAGAAAUAUUUAAUUUAAUGUAGUUUCUUGUAUAAUCUGAGUAAAACCCCACCUCCAGUGUUCAUUUUUAAUAAGUCACUGUUUACUUUAUUGAAUCUUGAAUUUUAUCAAUUUUUCAAGUUUGAAAAAAAGGGGGGAUAGUGGAUUGGAUUUUUUUUUUAUUAAUAUUCAAAUGCAAAGCAAAACCUGUUAUAUGGUAGCAAUUAAGACUUGAAUAAUUGUAAAAAAAGCAAAAAGAAAUAAAUAAAAGUGUUAUCUUAGUAUAUACAACCCUAUGAACUUUGGCAUUUUUUAGAAAAUAGGAAAUUUGAAAAAAUUGCUAAAUUUACAGAGUUAUCUGCCCUUGGGUAACUUCAUUUUUUUUUAUGGCAGAUAUGGCUAUGAAAAGGUCUUUGUGUUAUGUUUUAUAAUUGAUGCCACUUUUGUUGAUAAUAUGUUUAUAAAUACAUUAAAUAUUGUUUCA